UUGGUGGAUUAGGGAGCUUGCAGCCAACCCUGAAGACCUGAGCUGUAUAAGGACCCUUGCUCUCACUGUAUGUAUAUACGUGCACACGCGCGCGCGUUUAAAUAUGAUCAGCAUAUAAAGCCUGCUCACACUGAAUUAGUGAUUUAGAAAUUAGAGGGCACCGGCAGGCUGGCCUUAGGGUAUCCAGGAAGAAGCUUUAGCCAGUGGAACCACAACACCCACAAGGCUUUGCGGCACUUCCGAUUGGUCCUGAGUGAGAGGCUGGUGAUUGGUUCUCUGUGGGUAGUCCUUGAACCCGGAAGUAAUUUCCGUAGGUCCAUGUGUAGUGGAGAGCCGGGAAUUUGGAAGCGUGCGGUUUCGAUCCUAGGACCGGAGGACAGGUUGGUCCCGAUCCACAAACAGAGCUGCUGUGACCUCGAGGACUUUUGAGGGUGCAGCUGCAUCUCACCCCACCCAAGCUGCGCCCAAUGGAGUCUACGUUCAGCAGCCCUGCGGAGGCAGCCCUGCAACGGGAGGCGGGCGUUCCAGGACAGUUCACUCCUCCUGAAGACCUGGACCGCGUGUAUGAGCUGGAGCGAGUCACGAAAUUUGUUUGCGAUUUAGGAUGUCAGCGGGUGGCUUUGCAGUUCCCUGACCAGUUACUAGGAGAUGCGGGAGCGGUGGCUGCCCGGCUGGAGGAAGUCACAGGAGCUAAGAUGUUCAUUUUAGGGGACACAGCUUAUGGCAGCUGCUGUGUGGAUGUCCUGGGUGCCGAGCAGGCUGGAACUCAAGCCCUUGUGCACUUCGGUCCUGCCUGCUUAAGUCCCCCAGCCUCGCAGCUGCCCAUCACCUUUGUCCUUGGUCAGCGUCCUGUUGCUUUAGAGCUCUGUGCGAAGGCCUUUGAAGCCCAGAACCCAGAUCCGACAGCCCCGGUGGUACUGCUGAGUGAGCCAGCUUGUGCCCAUGCCCUAGAGCCUUUGGCCAUGCUCCUGCGCCCAAAGUACCAAGAUCUGCUCAUCUCCAGCCCAGCUCUUCCCCUGCCAGUGGGAUCCCCGAGCUCACAGCCUGAGUCCCUGGAGCGUUUUGGGCGCUGCUUCCCCCUGAACCCAGGGAGACGUCUGGAAGAAUAUGGCGCCUUCUAUGUAGGGGUUUCUCAAGCAAGCUCGGACUCCAACCUUGAUCCCGACCUGAGCAGACUGCUCUUGGGGUGGACACCAGGACGGCCCUUCUUUUCCUGUUGUCCAGACACAGGACAGACACAAGACCAGGGUGCCAAGGCUGGGAGACUAAGAGCCCGAAGACUGUAUCUCAUAGAGAGGGCCAGAGAUGCCCGUGUGGUAGGGCUGCUGGCAGGCACAUUAGGUGUGGCUCGACACCGUGAGGCACUGGCACACUUGCGGAAACUGACAGAAGCUGCUGGAAAACGUAGCUAUGUGUUAGCCGUGGGGAAGCCCACACCCGCCAAGCUUGCCAACUUCCCUGAGAUGGACGUCUUUGUGCUGUUAGCCUGUCCCCUGGGGGCACUAGCCCCCCAGCCUUCGGGUGGCUUCUUUCGGCCUGUAUUGACGCCAUGUGAAUUGGAGGCUGCCUGCAACCCUGCCUGGCCCCCGCCAGGCCUGGCUCCCCACCUCACACAUUAUGCAGAGCUGUUGCCUGGUUCUCCCUUCCAUGUGCCACUCCCUCCACCUGAGUCAGAGUUGUGGGAUACCCCAGAUGUGUCACUAAUUUCGGGGGAGCUCCGACCACCACCUCCUUGCAAGUCAUCAGAUGACACUACAUGUUCUGCCUUAAUUCCAAGGCCCCAACUGGAGCUGGCUGAGAGCAGCCCUGCAGCUUCAUUCCUUAGUUCUCGGAACUGGCAGGGCCUGGAGCCCCGCUUGGGCCAGACACCAGUGAAAGAAGCCGUCAGAGGAAGACGAGGUAUCGCCAUUGCCUACGAGGAUGAGGGAAGCAGCUGAUACCUUGGGAGGGGAGAGCCAGAGAGUGAUAAGUCUGCGGGACCUGUUCUCCCUGACCAACAUCUCAUCCUGUCACAGGGACACUUGAUGCCUAGGCACAGGGAGUGUAGGCAGCUCUUCUCUGAGGAGCUGUCUAGCCUAUAGCCUGUGCUGCCGUGGAUCAGUGCAGUAAGUGCCUAUUUGACUAGGGUGGGGGUGGGGAUGCAGGGAGGGUCUCAGGGCUGAUCCCAGUGCCUGGGGUGCAGCGGUUCUGCCCUUGGUCAGGGGCAGAAGUUGGAUGAUCCAGACCGGAGUUCUUCCCCCUCAGCACUGCUGACACUUUGGGCAGAGUAAUUCUUUACUGCAGAGGCUACUCCAUAUAGAGAAGGAUGUAUAGCUUCAGCUGACAGAAACAGAAACACCUCCCUUCCUCCCCCACUGAGCUAGGAUAACCCAGAUUAUCUCUACAUGUUGGCAGAUGUCUCUCCUCAUUGAGAGCCUCUGGUCUAAACCUGCACUGUCCAAGACAAUAUUCACUGGACACAUGACUUUUGCCAUUUAAAGUGGAUGAAAAACUAUUUGUCCCGUUACACUAAUUACAUUUCAAGCACUUAUGUGGCUGCUUGUGGGACUUUGCUGGGCUACAUCGACUCAGACUUGUUUCUUGGGGACAACAAAGACACUGAAAUAAAUGGAAUACUUUUUU